AUGCAUUUUAAACACUUCAUACCUUUCUUCACGCUAUGGACUGCUGUUUCUGCAUGCGCUAAACAGCUGGAUGACAAUACCACCAUUGAGACUCUCGAGCUGUUAGAACAGGGACGUUGCCUCUUCAAAUCCAUCCUACCCUCAAACUCAGCAGUGCAGGUACUGGUUUGUGUUAUUGUGAUAAUGACCAUCCUCUCGCUUCUUGUUAACAGUUGCACACUGCUCAUUCUUGAAAAUUCUAAAGACUUAUCCUGGGAGCCACGCUUUGCUUUGCUAAAAAAUCUUAUUAUGAGCGAUGUUAUGCUCAUUGUUACCCAAGGUCCAACAGUGAUGCACUGUCUGCUGCAGAAAACCACGCUGCCGUACGGGGCUUGGUGUCUCACCCAGUUUUUCAUUAACACGAUGUGUGUUUUCUGCACCGUGUUAACUAUCAGCUGCAUGGCUUUGGAGCGUUACUUGUACGUGUGCCAGGCCAUCUACUACCUGAGUAUUCUGACCACUAAACGCGUAAACCUCAUAGUUGGGCUCACGUGGUUUAUUUCAGUGUGUCUGUCUGCAACAAUAACAGGACUUCUCACUUUAGGACACAAGCCCUCAUUGGUAGGAAAACCAACUACAGGACUCCUUUGUGAACCAGAUACCAUCGAGACCCACUUGGGGUUCCCACGAGCUCCAGCAGUCUUUCGUAAAGUGGUAGGGCUCGUAUUGACUCUAUUUUGCAUCUUUUCAUAUUUUUUCUCCUAUCUGCGGAUGUAUCAAGAUGCACGCAAUGCCAUACAGCCAUUCCAGCAGGUUAACAGAAGGGCGCGCAGGACUGUGGUCUUUUACUGCUCCAUGUUUCUUCUUCAACUGCUCCCCAUCUUUCUUAAAAUAGUGUCAGAUGCUUUGUGGGAACUUGAAGGCACCGUGGCAAUGAUCCGCUCGUUGAAUUUCCCUCCAGGCUGGACGUCUGCAGGGACCCUGCACAUCUUAUUGGUGGUCCUGCUUCAGGUGCCACCUUGUAUAAAUCCACUCAUCUACGGUCUGCGUAACAGGGAGGUAAGGGAGGCUCUGCGUAGACUAUUGUGGUGGAAAUAUUCUUAA